UACCAAUCUCCCAAAAUCAUGCUUUCUUUGCUUAAAUUCUUGUUCAUAAAUCAUCCAAGAUGCCAAGUGAUGCUAAGCAGAUAAUAAUCAUCGGCGGGGGCAUCGUCGGCAUCAGCACCGCCUACUACCUUCUCCAGCACCCUCAGUACGACAGCAAGAAGGACUUUGUAAUAGUCAUAGAAGCAGGUCACCUCGGUGAGAGCGCCUCAGGUAAAGCCGGCGGCUUCCUCGCCUCAUGGGCGACGCCCAAAUGCCUCGCGCCCCUAAGCUUCAAGCUGCAUGCCGAGCUUGCAAAGGAUCUGGGUGGCGAUAAAUGGGGGUAUAGACGUGUACACGCCGCUGAAAUCAAGCUGAAGAUUGAACUUGAAGAACCCGAUAUUAAUGUCUCCGGCAAGGCGCCUAAGAAUCUCGACUGGCUUCUCCCGGGCUCGAUUGAGGACUACACCGAAGUCGGGACUCCGGUCGAUUCAGCCCAAGCACACCCGAAACUCCUCCUGCAGUCCAUGGCAAGUGCCGUCAUUUCAGGUGGUGCAUCGAUCAUCUUAAACACAUCCGUUUCGCGCAUCAAUUACGACGACACCGGCUCAGUCGUAAAAUCCGUGACUGUCACGGGCGACGCAGCCGAAACCAUUGUCCCAGCUACGCACAUCCUCGUGGCCGCCGGCCCCUGGACACCGAAACUAAUCCCGUCUAUUCACCUCCUUGCCCCCAAAGGGCACAGCGUCGUCUUCAACCCUUCAAGAGACCUGUCCUCGCACGUUUUGUUUCCCGUCAUCGAGACGGAGGGAGGAGGAGAAAUUGAAGCCGACAUCUACCCACGUCCCAAAGACUCGUUGAAUGGCUUCGAGACUGCGUACUCGAGUGGACCAGAUUACUACGACUCGCUCCUCCCGUCAUCUGUGGAAACGGUAGAGGUGGAGAGUGUAAAGUGCGACGAAGUCAUUACUGCCAUCAGCGGUGUCUCGCAGCAGCUGCGUGAGGGGGGUGUCAUUGCUAGGCAGGCGUGCUAUAAAGCGCAAAUCAGGAAGCAUGAGGAGGGAGAGGAGGUUGGACCGAUUGUGGGACCGAUGGAGGAUGUCAAAGGUUUGUGGGUUGCUACUGGGUUUGACGAGUGGGGUAUACAAAAUGCGCCUGGUGCUGGACUAGUCACGAGUCAGAUGAUCAUAGAGGGAAAAGCUUGGAGCGCUGAUGUGGAUUCGCUUCAUCCAAGGCACUAUGUUGCAAGGUAGUGAUGCUAUGGGU